UUUUGUAGGCAUUUCAGAAAUUUUUCGGAUCAUAGGAGGAACAUGACCAAACCAUUACGUGAUAAUGAAGAUAAAGCAUUGGGACCGGUGGCUAGCAUCUUUAAAAGACGACGAUUACCUCAAGAAUAUUGAAGCUAUCAAACUUUAUCUAGCCGUCAUGUCAAUAUAUGAGCCGGAUUUGUUGGAUGAAUAUAUGAUUGAUGAUGAUUUCCAUCCCAUGAUCUCUCGUCUCAAAAAUGUAACUUUAGAUGUAACCUCGGCUAGGUUUAAGGAACUAUACAUUACUGAGAGCAAGAUGAAUUAUGCUAGAGAUGAACUAGACGGGGCUAUGAUCAUAUCAAAGACUCUAACAAAGAGUGACAUUGUUGGUAAUGUGGCAUUACCAAAAGCGCAAGUGAUGUCUGUCCUCACGAGGAUGAAUGGUGUCACAGAUGAGGGUUUGGACAACGGUUUUGAAGUGCAAGUCCACGACAUAAUGGAAGACGAUCUGUACACAGUUACCCUGAAAAGAAUUGACGACAUGAAGUAUUAUUUCGGGACUGGUUGGAGUACUAUGAAGCAUUCAUUAGAUCUCGUAGAAGGCGAUGUUCAGAAGCUCUAUUGGGAUCAGUUUGAAAACAAAUUCAUUGUUCUCAAUUUUCAGCAUAAGACUAUGGGAAUAAUGAUUCCUGUGUAG